AUGGUGUUGCCCAACGUGCAGAUUGCCCUUCUCAUUAUCGGUCUUGUCAUUGGCCUCGGGGCGCUCUUCUGGUUCGCCAAGAGGAAGAUCCGUAUCUUUGUCAACCACCUUCGCAACUGGAAUCAGGAUCCUCCCGAUCAGAUUCAUCAGCCUCAGCCGCCACCGGAUUCGGAGGUGGCCGAGUCUGGGGCCGAGUCUGCUGCCGAGUCUGCUGCCGAGUCUGCAGUUGACACUGCGGCUGCCACGAGCAGCAAAUAG